CCUCUGUCUCACUCUGAUUCCAAUUCUCGCGACUUAGGGUUUCCCGAUCUCCUUCUGACGAUUUCCCGAUUCCUUUCUCGAGCUCGUCGGUUCAACAUUCUGCUGUUUCGUUGUUGGGAUAAACAAUUAAGUUUGGUCCGUAUUAGGAAGGUGAUGCUGCAGAAAGCACAAUCUGAAAGAAAAAUCAGUUAUUUUUCAAUUGGUUGCUACUUGACAUACAUGGGUCUGCUAGAGAGAACACUUUACAUGAUUGCUGUUGAUAAUUAUGCUGAUUGAGGAUCAUAAGUAGUUAGCUUCAUCGGGAUUAUUCUCAGAAUUGCUUCUGGUAUUAAACCUCAGAAGCAUAUAUACUAAGAGAGGACUUCUUGUAUCCAUGCUGGUGGGUAGCAUGCGUGGAAUCUGUGAUUCGGGUAAUGCCCCUGACAAGAAAUUCCGCCGAUGCAUUCGGUCUCUUAACAAUUUGUCUAGUGGCUUUGUUUGUUCUUCUUGGUUUGAGCUGCAUUGCUUACUUGUUUUACUUCCGCAUUCGAGUUCGUAGACAGGAAUUUAUUCGACUGAGUUAUUUUGGUGGCCCUUGGAUAAUCCGGAUCACAUUCAUUUUAUUUGCUAUCUGGUGGGGAUUUGGUGAAAUUGUUCGACUCAGUUUUUUGAGAAAGGAGGGAAGAGUGUUACAUGCCCUCACUUUGCAAUGGCAGGAAACAGUCUGCAAAUGUUAUAUCGUCUCAAAUUUAGGUUUUGCAGAACCUUGCCUCUUCCUCACUCUUGCGUUUCUUCUUCGUGCACCCUUCCAAGAGAUGGAGGAUGGAAUUCUAAACAAAAAAUGGAAUGGGAAAACUGCAGGCUAUAUUGUUCUCUACUGCCUUCCUGUAUUUCUCCUUCAACUCAUUGUUAUUUUGAUUGGGCCACUGUUAAACAAGGGUAAGAGUUCUGUACGUGAAUUGCCUCCAUAUUUCACAAGAGCAGCUCAUCAGACUAAUGAUAUUGCAGUCUGCACUUACCCGUUACUGAAUACUAUCCUUCUUGGCCUUUUUGCUACUGUGUUGACUGUCUACUUAUUCUGGCUUGGGAGGCGAAUUUUGAAAUUGGUUAUCAAUAAGGGUUUGCAGAAGAGAAUUUAUACAUUAAUAUUCUCAGUUUCAAGUUUCCUUCCAUUAAGGGUUCUUUUGCUUGGUUUAUCAGUUUCACCUAAAUCAGAUGAUUUUGAGUUUGAAGCUCUUGCAUUCCUGGCUUUUCUUGCCUUGGUAUGCUGUGCUGGGAUCUGCAUUUGCAUGAUUGUAUACUUGCCAAUUGCAGAUUGUCUAGCUCUAGGAAACCCCUGUCAUGACUUGGAGGGUAGGAGAAGGGUUGUUGAUGAACACGAUGAUACUGUUUCUCUUAUUGCUAACCAGGGCCAUCUUGAAGAAAGCAUUGGGGUAAGCCCUGAGAGGAACUCAGAUGCUUCUACCAGGCGAGGAUCAAUUUCUUUUCGAACUUAUGGAAAAGGUGAGAGCUCGACCGGCACAUUUGUUGAAUUGAGCCAGUUCUCUCCUAGUCCAGAUGCAACCCUACCAGGAUGGCCUCCUCUUCCGGGAUGGCCGAUGCGCUCUCCUCCAAACGUUCAUGGAGCCCAAGCAUGCCGAGAGCAGGAAACUGAUUACUUAUGGUGAAUGUCUCAAUUUUGUGAUAAAGAAAACUGAUUGUAAAGGGUUUAGUUUCAAUAAGGAGUUUCUUUCUUGGUUUGUUUAUAAUAUCAGAUUCGAAGGUUUUGCUUGGUAGGAUUAACGCUCUGAAAGUCUUCUGUAAUAUUAGAAUUGCAUAUGCAUUAACAGCUAUUUGAUAAUCGUUUCUUUUGAAAGCCUCAUGCAUGUUCUGUUCGCUCAUAACAUAAUGAAAUCAAUGAAAUUGGAAACU